CGAAAGCGGAGGCUGUGUCUCACGAUGAAUUGUGCGAAAUGCAAAUCCGGCCGCUGACACUCACAAUGUAACCGUGGCUCACGACGGUCUACGUUUCGCAUCUCGGCUCAUCGAUCCAUCACUUCAGAAGCGCACUUGCCGCCUCGCCCAAUAGACCAUUAAUGCGCUUUUUCUGCCCCGACAUUCCGACGCGCGCCAACGCUCUACGAUAGGCUGAAAGUGGCUGCGGCAGGCCGCUCACGAGAGACAUGAAUCGCAAGCGGCGAGCACCGCACGAUGAGCAGGAUGAGGAGACAUCGCCUACGUUCGGAGCGGUGUUGCGAUCUGGCCAGCUGCGUGUUUCAGACAAGCCAUCUGAUAGACCAAAUGUUGGGACGGGAGAGGGAGAUCCGGAUGUACAUAGAGCCUCAUGUAGGAGUGCACAAGCGCACGCAGACCCUCCAGCCGCCCACAAGACGAGCUGUCUUGCUUGUCGAGAGUCCAAGGUGCGGUGUGUGCCACGCGCAGGACAGGUCUUGGGUGUGGGCAAAUGUAUGCGCUGCGAAAGGCUUAAGAAGGAUUGCAUCUUCAAGGAGCACAGAAGGGGGAGGAAGCCCGGUAAGGUCAAGCACGUUCAGAUAGACCGACGAUGGCAGGCCCUCAUCAAGCUUCUCGAUGAGCUGGAGUCCUUAACUGACGCGAUAGCGGAUUUGGAUGGAGCUGCGCUUGUCCGCUCUCUCAGGUACCAGCUGGUUUCUUCGCUCGCUGCUAUGGAAAAGGAUGGUACGAAGGCUCACCAAGGUUUAGGCCACGAUCACAGCCCCAGUGGCGCGUCCUCACCGACAGAGCCUGCGUUCAGCAUGGCGUCGACUUCGAUCAAUGCGAGGCGGGGCGGAGAUGAUGCUGGUCAGUCUUCCAGCACGGCAUUGCCUCCCACUGCGACACUCCUCCAGCCACAGCCCCGCAGUGUUGAGUCUCACGGCACUCCGGCGAAUGCGGCGCAAGGUCUAUCACCAUACGAGCACUCCAUAUCGCACAACUAUCCCUAUCCAUUGCCACAGCACGCAUCUCGCUCCAGGGGUCGAGGAUCAGCGGCAGCUCUAGUGGAAUUGGAAGACUACGAAGCACAAAGGUCUGUUCCGCGAUCUGUCGACACUCUGACCAAUCCCCUCAAGCUCUUGGCAAGAGCUAGCGCCGUCGUGAGAAGUGCUUCUGGAACGCUGGACGAAGAUGAGGAGGUCGAAGAUCAGAGGGAACUCAGUGCGAGCUUGUUGGAAGAAGAUGCACGAGAUAGGGACGUGUCAGGAGCGCAUGGCGACGCGCGAAGUCGAGACUCGAGAGCACUCAGAGCUAUGCACAGAGCCGCAGAAAAUAGGAUACAUGACCUCUCACCUGGCUCAAAAACCACCGUGACACCAAGGCGUUCCAUUCAUGCAUCUGCUGGCCAGCGCAAGGAAACAGUAGACGAUGUGAAUUGGUCUAGCUACUUUGCGCGCGGAAUUUUUGCACCUUUAUAUGACACUGGGCCAGACCUGGAUCCGAUCGAGCUGGGCAUCAUCACUGUGGAUCUGGGUCAAGCCCUUGUGGCUCACUUCUACUCGGCACACAGCUCAUUCGUGCACGUCUUCGACCCACUACUAAGCACGCUCGAGUACAUGCGCCGAAGAAGUUGUUUCUUGCUCACGGUCAUCUGCCAGAUCUCUGCCAUCACAUACGGUGAUGACUCCGGCCAGCGACUCGAUGGCCAAGGAGGUGUGCUACAGCGGCUCGUCGAACACAGGGAGUAUCUGACGCCUAUCAUCUUGUGUGGCGGAUAUCGGAGCGUCGAAGCUGCUCAGGCGUGCAUUGUGCUCGCCCAGUACGCUCCUCUAGCAAGCUCGGCCACCGAAGACCAGACCUGGAGCUUGAUGGGUACAGCGCUACGCAUGACCACUGAGGUGGGAUGCAAUCUCAAGCUCUUUUCUUAUCUGCCCGUGCCUCUCCGUCUACGACAGGAGUCCGGCGCUAGAGCAGAGAAGCAUCAGCGACAGCUGCGCAACACCGAACGCUUAUGGUUUACGCUUUGGCUCUUCGCGAGUCAUGUUUCUUCGCAGACUGGUCAGAGACUCAUGCUGUCUGAUGAAGGCAGCGUCGCGGCGUCCGGAACAUGGCACACUAGAGAUUUUGCUCUACCACAGGACGAAUGGCUCAUUGCCCAGGUCGAGCUGCGCAGGAUUAUUACAAGGGCUACCGAGCGCUUCCAUUCGCAGAUGAAACAUCUCAUCGCUGAAGCGUCUUCCACGACGUCCCUCAAUUCUUCGUCUGCUUUGGACUAUCAGGCGGAAGCUUUCCGAAGUUCAAUUCUUCAAGACUUGAGCAGGUGGGCCUCGGCUUGGCUCGGCACUCCCGAAGCGGUCCCGUCGCAAGAGUCACAGUCUCGACCUUUGCUCGAUCUCGGUCAUCUAGCACUAGCUCAUGCAAAGCUGGUCACCUUGUCUUUGCCUCUUCUUACAUGGCCUGCGUCUCCAAGGGCCUCUACGGAAUCCGGCCCAAAGACUUUGCGUCUGCCACGAGCUCUCUUGCCUCACUAUAGAGAUGCUUGUGAAGCAGCUCAGACGUUCCUCAGCUUGCUUGUGAGCAGAUGGGCAAGCCUGAAGAGGAAAGACAACGUGAUGCUGGUAGAUGCGCUCCACGCUUCCGUCUUGGCGAUGCGUUUCGCCAGUCUCGCGCCAUGCGAUGAGCAGCCCUACGUUACACAGCGUGAUCAGGAACGCGUCGCUGGUAUGGUCCAAGAGUUGUGUCACCUGCUGCAGGCAGAGGAACGACGGGUUGGCAGGAGGUAUGCCAACCUUUUGCAGAGUGUCCUCAACACCUGGAAACGCACCAUCUGCUCGGUCUUAUCGGAAGAUUUGGCUCCCCACAUGGAGGUAGCCCCUGGCCAAACGCCUAGACACCUCGAAGCCAUGUCGAGCGCUUCAGGAUCUAGAAUCGACACGCUCUACUCUGGCCUCGCGGCUGCAGGGCCACAGCACUCGUCAUCGAGCGGUCAGAGCACCACCUACAAUCUCGAUGGAAAUCCGGACGCCUCUGCUCUCGAGAAUGGCGCUUCGCUCUUCGAUGCCCAAUCCAUCUGGUCCAUACUCUUCCCCGAAGCGGUAGACGGCUCAAACCUGGACCCCUUUUUGCUAUCCCUCGCCGAUGCAAACGCUUCUCUGGCCGACAUGAGCAGCAAUCUGCCUUGAAUACGGCAGUAGCUGGGUAGCGCCGGCGGUAUGAGAAAACAUCUUGAGGCACACAUUCCUGUGUCAUGCCUGCGAUCGCCCCAAGCGAGACCAGUGCCUUCUUCCCCGUAGACGCCUUGUGUCCUCUUAAGAAAAAUCAAAGGAUGAAACAGCA